AUGGGGAGGCUGCAGGAUAAGGUUGCCAUCAUCACAGGUGGAAACAGCGGGAUCGGUCGGGCUAUCGCCAACCGUUUUGGUCGGGAGGGUGCCUUCGUCUAUGUCGUCGGUCGCCGCGAAGCAGACCUAGCUGACACCGUCGCUGAGAUCGGCUCUCGGGCUAUGGCUAUCCAGGCCGACGUCACGAAUUUGGAAGAACUCAGCAAGGUUUAUUCCCAGAUUGCGGCUGAUGGCCGCAAACUGGAUGUUGUGGUCGCCAAUGCUGGCCAGGUAGAGAACCGUCCCAUAACAGAGGCUGAUGCAGACCAUUUUGACCGCAUUUUCAAUCUCAAUGUCCGUGGCGCAUUUUUCACAGUCCAGAAAUUACUACCACUUUUGACCGAAAGCGCUUCCGUGAUCAUGGUCUCUUCUUCGCUCAACGUCCGAGGUGAUGCUGGCCUGAGCGUCUACAACGCCUCCAAAGCGGCAGUGCGCUCAUUGGUGAAGACAUUUGCCAUAGAGCUAAUGCCACGCGGCGUCCGGGUCAACACACUUAGCCCAGGACCAGUCGAUACGCCCAUUAUCGAAAGCGUUACAACAACGCCAAAAGAGGCAGCUGCAUUUCGUGAGUGGGCUGCGAGCCAAGUACCUAUGGGUCGGAUGGGACAACCACAAGAAGUUGCCGCAGCCGCACUGUUUUUGGCCUCGGACGACAGUAGCUUCUCAACUGGUACCGAAAUACGUGUUGAUGGCGGUCAUGCAGAGCUCUGGGCACCAAAAUGA